UAAAUUCAAAAAUUAAGCAAAAAAGAGAGAGAGAGAGAAAGAAAGCUCAUUCGGGUUCUGAUUCUCGUGAUCUUAUCGAGAUUUCUGCUCUUUUCUAGGUUCCAUCUCCACUGUCUUUUCUUGUGCGAUUGUUCCCUUCGGAUCGCAGUCCCAAUCCACACUUGCGUGACGGUGACGAGGACGAAGAAGACGAAGGCGAUGAGCGGCGGAGGUGAACCGGUGGUGACGCGUUGCAGCACGUACGUGGUGGGGACGCCGGUGGAGCCCCAGGCGCACCCUGCGAGCCAGCAUGCUGCCACGUGGAUCGCCGGUGAGGCUCGCCCUGCGAGCUUCCGCUCCAGCUACAUGAACGCCACCCCGAGCGGCUCGGCCUCCGGCUUCGCCAACCCGAACCAGAGCAGCGGCGGCGGCGGUGAGAACCCGUACGUCCACGUCGCUCCGCUGAAUGCUUCUGCGCCGCCUGGCAGGAGUCCGAUGAACAAGAUAUGCGACGCGUUGAACCGGUGUGGGAAGAGGUUCGAAGAUGCUUCGCGAAAAGCAGAGGUGCUCGCAGACAAUGUCUGGCAUCACCUUAGAACCAGCCCUAACAUCACAGACGCAGCAAUGGCUCGACUUGCUCAGGGGACAAAAGUGCUCACCGAGGGGGGACAGGAUAAGGUAUUUCAACAUAAGUUUGAGAUUCUGCCAGGGGAGAAGCUCCUGAAGGCAUAUGCUUGCUAUCUAUCCACUUCCACUGGGCCUGUAAUUGGGACACUGUAUUUGUCAAACAAGAGAUUGGCCUUCUGUAGUGAUAACCCUCUUUGCCAAUACUCUCCCACAGGGCAGCAACAGUGGAUGUAUUACAAGGUGGUUCUGCUGCUCGAUCAGUUGAGCACUGUUAGUCCUUCUUCAAACAGGUUGAAUCCUUCUGAAAAGUACAUCCUGGUUGUUACGAGAGAUGGUUAUGAAUUCUGGUUCAUGGGUUUCAUAUCGUACAAUAAGGCUCUCAAGAACAUAAACGAGGCUUUGCAGCACCAUUGGGACAAUCACAUGGCCGGGAGGAUACAAGUACAAUAACUCGCCAGAUUGGGGAAGAGAUAUCCGACUGUAUUUGAAUAACUUGGAUGUGUGUCUGACUGCUAUGGAUACUCAAUGUCUAAUGUUUUACUUUGUAAUGUAAAAUACAAGAAGAUAAAGCUUUCACAGUCCCACAAAGGAUCACCAGAGCUUUCUUCAAUAUUUCUCUUUAA